AUGGGUGAAUUUUAUAUUUACAUAAUUGAAAAUUUUUUUACUAUCAUUAUAAGAGAUUCAUUCCUUUUACAGCAGGAGCUCGAAGAACAAAAGCAAAAAAUGUUUCAUAUGAAAUUGAAGAUUAAAGAAUUAUUGGAUUUGAAAAAUAUUUAUGAACAAGACAGUAGCAAUGUACAAUGCAAAUAUCAAAAAGUAAUUGGAGAAAUGAAACAACUUAAGAUUAGCUUUCAAGAUUCUCAAAGAAAAUUACUUUCUGAAAAGCAGACUGAAAUAGAAAAAUUAUUAAAUGAAAAUAACGACUUCAAAAAGCAAUUUCAAGUAUAUAAAUUGGAUUUAAAUUUAAUUCAGGAAGAAAUGAGGAAAAUGGGAAUAACAAAGCCGUCUUUUGGUUGUUUUAAAGCAAAAAUAGAAAUUAUGCGCUCAGAAAAUAAGCGUCUGCGCUGCGAUAUCGAAUAUUAUCAACAGAUGAUUAGCAAUUUGAAAUUCGAUAAUGAAUGUUUAAAAAUGAAAUUACAAGAUUUAUCGUGUAUUAAUGGUGAAAAUUAUAAAGAAGCAAAUAAUUUUUUGCAAUCGGAAAUUAUUCAAAAACCUGAAAAAAUGAAUGGUAUAACUAAUGAUUCAGCUACUACAAAACUGAAAGAAGAAAAUCAAAUUUUGAAGCUGAGCAACACGAAGUAUCAAUUAUUGGAAAUUCAACAAAAUUAUGAGAGAGUUUUGCAAGAAUUAAAUCGAUGUUCGAUGGAUUUUAUUAAAGUAUCGGAAACUUGUAAUUGCAAUCAAACCGAUGAAAAAAAAGAAUAUAAAAAGUUUGAAGAAAUUGAGAAAAAAUUGAUGAAAGAUCUUGAAGAUGCUAAAGAGAAACUUGAGAAAUAUGAAAUUUAUGAGCGUACUUGUCAACGUCAGAAAGAUGAGAUAAUGCUAUUAAAGAAGAAACUUGUUUCCACCAAUCAACAAUUAAUGAAUUGCAAUAUUACAAAGGAGGAGAUGUUACGUCAAAAUAAAUUAUUCGAAGAAAAUAACAAUAAAAGCAUGGCAGAGUUGGAAGACAUCGUGGUCCAGCUGGAGGACAUGCAGAAUUCCCUAACGACAUUAAAGACACAGUGCGAUAUGAAGACUCAGUCUUUAGAGAACAUCUCGGUGGAGCUUGCAAAUAUGAAGAGGAGCAGGACCGAGGGAUGCGAGGAGUCGAAGCACGUCCUUAGCUGUGUGAGAAUUUGGAUUAGGCAGCAGAAACACAGGAUAAACGUACUACAAGAGAAGUUAUGCGAGAAGCAGCAGCAAUUGAUGUGCAUUAGCUCUGAGAAAAAAAAAUUACUGAUUACAAUUAAGCGGCUUAUACGGGAGAAUAAGAUACUUACAAAAGGAUUAAAGUUCAUACGUAGGCAAAUGGCUAAUAAACAAACAGAUGGAGCCGAAUGUUUACCUAAACGACAAAUUCAUAGCUCACAUUUCAAACAAAAAUAUGGUCUUCGUAAUGGCUUUCAGUCAAUACAUUUAAACAACAAGCAGUCAAAUGCAAUUUAUUCUCAUUUUAAAAGGGAAUGCAGGGAGAAAUCGAAUUUGUCAAAAGAUAAGAUUAGAAUUCAAGGUGACCAUAAGUUAUUUUCUGCUUUAGAGUAUCUUACAGAAAACAUACCAAGGACCUCUCAAAUUAAAGAAAAUUUUUCAGAUUGAAAAAAAAGUACUAAAGAAGAUAGAUUAGUUUACGGAUAUCAAAUGUCGAGCAGUAAAUAAAAGCUCCAUUUAAACACGUAUUUUUAUAAUCACAUAUAUCUUAUUUAACGAUAUAGAAUUUUUAUAGUAAUAUAACGUACUUGAGUACUUACUAAUGACGAUUAAGUAACGUCGUAUAUAAUAUUAAAUUAACUACAGGAUAUUAUAUUUGUA